AUGGCGCAGAAACGGCUGAUGCAGGAGCUGAUACCCCUCCACAAGGAGAAAUGGGUCCAUAUUGAGACAGAUGAGACCAACCUGCUACGCUGGAAGCUGGGCCUUUGGGUCGUCAACCCCGACAGCGUUUGGCACGGCGCCUUUCUAAAAGCUGAAAUGAAGUUCCCGAGCGACUACCCUUAUCAACCGCCCUCUUUCCGUUUUCUCACAAGGAACAUCUGUCACCCCAAUGUCUACACGGACGGAAACCUGUGCAUCUCCAUCCUCCACCGACCCGGAGACGACGAGCAGUCGGGCGAGCUUGCGAGCGAGCGCUGGAACGUCCUCCACGGCGUCGAGUCGGUCCUGCGAUCCGUUCUCCUCUUGAUGGACGACCCCGAGAUCAAUUCGGCCGCCAACGUCGACGCGAGUGUUCUCUAUCGUGACGAUCGUGAGGAAUACGAUACUCUGGCUAGGGCGAUCGUGGCCCAGUCCCAAAAAGAUGUGCCCGACGGCGUCUCCAUGCCCACGCCGGCGCAGCUGGCCCCGGUACCCCAGAAGCAGGUGGACGAUGACCCCGACUUUUGGAACGUGACCGAUGACGAGGAACACUUUGGCAGCAGCGAAAGUGAUCAGGACAUGGGCGAUUUCGAGGAUGAGGACGAGGACGACCUGGUGUGA